AUGCCCUACCUCACUCGUCACAUUCCCUGCCUCCGCCUCAUUCGCUCCCUCUCCUCCGCUCACCUUCGAGACCACCACUUCCUCCUGCGCUUCGCUGCCCUCGCCAAGGAGCUCUCCGACCAGCCGGCGCCCUUGCCUCUCCCGUCCCGGCCGCAGUCCCCGCACCCCUACGACUACAACCGCCUCAUGUCCGCGCAUGCCGCGUUGGAUGCUGCUGGCGGGGCCGGCGCCGGCGCCGACCGCGCCCUCCACCUGCUCGACGAAAUGCGCAGCGUCCUCCAGCGCCGCCCUGACGCCGCCUGCUUCACCACAGUCGCGGCAGCUCUCUCAGCUGCCUCCCGCCCAAAGGCCGCUCUCGCCGUGCUAGAAGCAAUGGCCUUGGACGGUGUCACGCCCGACACGGUGGCAUGCACGGUCCUGGUCGGGGUGUACGCCUGCCACCUGCGGCGGUUCGACGCCGCGUACGAGGUCGUCGGGUGGAUGACGGAGAAUGGUGUGGCCCCAGAUGUUGUCACUUACUCGACUCUGAUAUGUGGGCUGUGCAGUGCCGGGCGGGUGGCCGAAGCUCUGGGCGUGCUGGACUUGAUGCUGGAGGAAGGAUGCCACCCGAAUGCGCACACAUAUACACCUAUCAUGCACGCGUACAGCGCUACUGGGAUGAUUCAUGAGGCCAAGAAGCUGUUGGACUCGAUGAUUGCUGCUGGAUGUGCUCCAAGCACGGCUACUUACAACGUCUUGAUUAAAGCUCUUUGCAAGGCUGGAGCUUUUGAGGAAGUAGAGGUGCUUCUUGAGGAGAGCAGCUCAAAAGGGUGGACGCCGGAUACAAUCACAUACAGCACUUACAUGGACGGACUAAGCAGAUCUGGUAGAUUAGAUAAGAGCUUUGCAUUGGUCGAUAGGAUGCUAUCCAAGGGGCUGCAUCCUAAUGAGGUUACUCUGAAUAUCCUUCUUGAUGGCGUUUGUCGCACCUCAAGUGCGUGGGCUGCGAAAUGGCUUUUGGAGUGCAGUGCAGACAUUGGAUGGGAUGCCAGUGUUGUCAACUAUAACACCGUGAUGAGGAGGCUUUGUGAUGAGCGGAAAUGGUUGGCUGUUGUCAAGCUGUUCACUGACAUGUCGAAGAAGGGCAUAGCUCCAAAUAGUUGGACUUUCAACAUCGUAGUCCACAGCCUCUGUAAACUUGGGAAGCUUCACAAUGCACUUUGCUUGAUGGGGAGUGAAGGGUUUGUUGCCAGUGUUAUCACAUACAAUACAUUGAUCCGUCAUCUCAGUUUGUUGGGGAAAUCUAACGAGGUCUACCUCUUGCUUCAUGACAUGAUUGAAGAGGGCAUUGCCCCCAAUGAAACCACCUACAUUCUUGUGAUUGAUUGUCUAUGUAGAGAGGAGAAAUUCUUGGCUGCUCUUAGCUGUUUCUACCGAUCACUAGAGGAUGGUUUCUCUCCGUCUGUAGUUACAAGUAUUGUACGAGGUCUCAUUGUUGGUGGUAAGUUUGGCGAGUUGCAUACUUUGAUUGGGUGGAUUCUUGGACAAGGCUUUGCAAUAGAUGUGUACUUGUACCGAGUAGUGAUCAUUGCUUUUUGUAAGAAAGGAUACUGUCAAGGCACAGAAAUGUACAAAGUCUGUCAUAUAUUGGAAAGAAUGCUCAGCUUGAGAUGA